AUGCUCUUGUCAUCGGACAACAAUGAUAGAUGUAAUCCAACAGCUGGAGGACUAGGCUCUAGAGCAACUUUACAGCUUGCUUUCCAUCAGUGGAGUGAACCUGCUAAUCUCACUUUCCAAGAGGUCAACGACAAAGAUGCAGAUAUCGUUAUCACAUCCAUUCCACUCGAGUCUUACAGUGAAGACAGAGCCAUAGUCUGCCAAGUAUACGCUCCACCCGUCGGACGCAUAGAAUUGAAUCCCCAUGUGAACUGGACAUUGAAUGAGGCAGGAGGAGGAGAAGGACAGGAGGACUUUUAUGCAGGAGCACUGCGAGUGAUUGGUUAUGCUCUUGGAUUCAUGAAAUCUGAUGAUCCAGAAUCUGUUAUGUACGGGUUAAGGAUUUCAAAUCGUAAACUUGGAAAAAAUGAUAUACGAAUAAUUCGAAUGCUUUUUCCGAAAACGCCAAAUGUGGAAGAAGAUGCUAUCCUGAAGAAUCUAUCAAACAUCGAUGACAAUUUACUCCUACUACCAAAGGCUUGGCGGCGCCACGAAGUCACCGCUCCUCCAAAAAAAGCUUUGGUGAGAGAUGCCAUGCUGAAACAUAAUCUUGUAUAUGACUGGUGGUCUGUGUGA